CAGUUUCUAACGAAUCGUCGCGCCGCGUAGACAUCUUUAAGUUGUUUUAGAAUUAAUUAUUUUUGCUUUUUUAUAUGUGUUUAAUCUCGCCUGGGAUUUGUCGUAAUGAAAUUGCUGACAACUCUGCUAAUUACUUUGCACUUGGCCAUCUCCAGUGCGGAGUUUUUCAGCUCGACAAGCAGCUUGGAGCAACUGCUGCGCACUGAGAUGAUCCUGUUAUCGGAGCUACAGAAUUAUGUAAACGAGAUCAAAGAACAUGCGGAGUUACUGCAGAGUGAAAUUGAUGCCAUUAAAGCGGAACAUUUGAGCGCCUCCGAUAGCAUCGAGAGCUACCUCAACAAUCCGGUGAAUGCGUUUCGGCUGAUAAAGCGACUGCACAGCGAUUGGGAGACCUUCGAGAGCAGCGUGGAGAGCGAGGCGAGUCGCAUAAAUUACCUCGAGGUGAUUGCCGGUCACCGCGAGAACUUGAGCUAUCCCACCAAGGAGGAUUUUGUGGGCACUGCGUUGGCUUUGACGCGACUGCAGCAAACCUAUCAGCUGGAUGUGAGCGAACUGGCGAGUGGCAUGCUGAAUGGUGUCAAAUACGGCGCUGCAAUGUCCUGGCAGGAUUGCUUUGUGCUCGGCCAGCAUCUGUACGAGUUGCGUGACUACAACAGCACGGUGCCUUGGUUGCAACAAUCGAUGCAACUGCUGGCUCAGCAACACUAUGCCGAUGAGGCGGCAUCGCUCGAUUUCAUGGAGGCUGUCGUCAGCUAUCAUCAGGCAAUGGGUGACUAUCAGAAUGCGCUCAAUUUGAUCAAUCAUGUGCUCAGCAUUCAGCCGGAAGAGCGAUUGCAUCUGCUGGAGACGCGUCAUCAGCUCGAGCAGCUGAUUACAGAUGGCGUCAAGCGUGGUCUGAUGCACGAGGUGAUACGUCGUCCCGGUGACUAUCAUGCCAGCAAAGAGUUUGAGCUCUAUCAGCAGGUGUGUCGCGAGGAGUUGCUGCCAACACCGGCUGCUCAAAGAGAUUUACGCUGUCGUCUGCACAGCGGCAUAGCUGGUGAAAUGAGCUAUCAACCUUACAAGCUGGAGGAACUGCAUCUCGAUCCUUAUGUGAUACAAGUGCACGAUGUCAUUGGACUUCAAGACACCAUUGAUUUGCAGCAAGUGGCGCGUCCCAAGCUGCAGCGUUCACAGGUUUAUAGCUUAGGUGGCAAUGAUCCAACUUCAGCCAAGUUUCGAACCAGCAAAGGCACAAGUUUUCCUUAUGAGAAACAUGCAGCAAUGCAGCGAUUGAGGCGACACAUGGCCAGCAUAACUGGCUUGAAUAUGAACUCGGCUGAGCAUCUGCAAAUAGCCAACUAUGGCAUAGGCGGUCACUACGAGCCGCAUAUGGACAGCUUUGAUGCCACACAUGAUUACGCUCAGGAUGUGGAUGACACCAAUCGAGUGGCCACGGGCAUCUUCUAUCUCUCAGAUGUGGAGGCUGGAGGCGGCACUGCUUUUCCGUUUCUGCCACUGCUGGUUACCCCGGAGCGUGGCAGCUUGCUCUUCUGGUACAAUCUGCAUCGCAGCGGCGCUCUGGAUUAUCGCACCAAACACGCCGGUUGUCCAGUGCUGCAAGGCAGCAAGUGGAUUGCCAAUGUCUGGAUACGCUUGAAGGGACAGCAAGAUGUUAGACCUUGCGCUCUGGAGCGCGAUCAUGAGAUCUCUUUGCCUUUUAAGGACUAUAACUAAAACAAAAGUAUUAGAUGAUAAUUAAAGUUUAUUGUGAUAAAUAUCAAACAGAGAUUUGUUAGCUGAUUAAAGUGAUUUUAUAAUUUCAAAUCAA